CUCAGUAAACUUCCGGGUCGGGUCAGAAACACAUGUGAGAGGAGAAGAGGCUGUGGGGGAUCCGGAUUUAAGCCCAGGUUACAGGAUGGACGGGAAGGUGAAGAAGCAGAAGAAGCAUCAGCAGAAACACAGCGGGCCCAAAGCAGAGAAGAAGAAACUCAGGAAGCAGGGAGGCACCACAGAAGAAGAUGAUCGCAGACGAAACCCCAAAGCCUUCGCCGUUCAGUCAGCUGUUCGGAUGGCAAAGACCUUCCACAGGUCUCAGGACAUCAAAGCAAAGAAACACCACAUCCCUUUGGUGGAUCGGACUCCUCUUGAACCCCCUCCUAUCGUCAUCGUUGUGGUUGGACCCCCAAAGGUGGGAAAAACCACCCUGAUCCGCUGCCUGAUCAAAAACUUCACCAGACAGAAGCUUGGAGAGAUUCACGGACCGGUGACCAUUGUAGCAGGUAAGAAACGCCGUCUGACCUUCAUGGAGUGUAACAAUGACAUCAACACCAUGAUUGACCUUGCCAAAGUCGCUGAUCUGGCGUUGAUGCUUAUUGAUGCCAGUUUUGGCUUUGAGAUGGAGACGUUUGAGUUCCUGAACAUCUGUCAGGUUCACGGUUUUCCUCGGAUCAUGGGCGUGCUGACUCAUCUGGACUCCUUCAAGAACAACAAGACUCUGAGGAAGACCAAGAAGAACCUGAAGCAUCGAUUCUGGACUGAGGUCUACCAGGGGGCGAAGCUGUUCUACCUGUCUGGUAUGGUCUACGGGGAAUAUCAGACUCAGGAGGUGAAGAACCUGGGCCGGUUCAUCUCAGUCAUGAAGUUUCGUCCUCUGGUCUGGCAGACGUCGCAUCCCUACGUCCUCGCUGAUCGUAUGGAGGAUCUGACCGACCCAGAGAGAGUCAGGACUGACCCCAAGUGUGACAGAACAGUUUCACUCUACGGCUACCUGAGAGGGACAUACAUGAAGAACAAAGGGCAGGUGCACAUCCCAGGUGUUGGAGACUUCCAGGUGUCAGACGUUAACUUCCUGCCUGAUCCGUGUCCACUUCCUGACACUCAGAAGAAAAGAGCCCUGAAUGAGAAGGAGCGUCUGCUCUACGCUCCCAUGGCGGGGGUAGGCGGGGUCGUUUAUGACAAAGACGCCGUUUAUAUUGACCUGCCGGCCAACCACGUUAAUCAGACUCAGGAGGACCAGCGUCCAACCACAGAGCUCGUUCAGUCUCUCAUCGAUACUCACGCCACUCUGGAUGAAAAGAUGGCGUCCAGUAAAGUGUCUCUGUUCAGCGGCUCGGCUACGCUGGAGUCAGCAGAGGUGGACGAAGAAAGCGAAGAGGGGGCGGGGCUUAAGGAGACUUGUGUCCUGGACCCGAUCACCCAGAGAGAGAGGAGGAAGGUGGUCUUCACUGAGGGAGAGGAGGAGGAGGAGGAAGAUGAAGAUGAUGACAGUGAAGACGAUGAUGAUGAUGAGGAGGAGGAGGAUGGUGAUGAAGAUGACGUGUCUGUGUUUCUGAAGAAAGCGAGAGCUGACUCUGAUCAGACUGAUCAGAACAUUCCUCCUCCGAUGAAGAAACAGAAGAAGGAGGAGGAGGAGAAGUUGGAGGUGCCGGCGUUCGCUGACAGCGAGGACGAGCUGGAGAGGAGCGAUGAUGAGGAGGAGAGUGAUGAUGAUGAAGAAGAGAGUGAUGAAGAGGAAAAGGCCGGGGGAGCAGGUGACUCUGGAAACUGUUCAGAGGAGGAGAGUGAUGAUGAUGAGGAGGAUGAAGAAGAGGAGGAGGAAUCAGAGGGAGGGGAGGAGGAGGAAGAGGAACAAGGUUCUCUGAGGUGGAAGGAAGAUCUGCUGCAGAAAGCAUCUCAGGCUUUUCUACGGCAACAAGAAGCUGCUCCCAACCUGAGGAAACAGGUGUACGGCUCAGUGGUUGAAGCUGGUCAGAGUGAUGAAGAGGAGGAUGAAGAGGAGCUGGGCGGGCUGUUCAGGGUCAGCCGUCCUCAGAAGAACAAAAAGUUCACAGCAGACGCCAUGGACUGUUCACGCUUUAAACCCGACACGUCACAUGACUGGGACCUGGAGGAGAUGUUGGACUCCAUCAGAGACUGCUUUGUGACGGGAAAGUGGGAGGAGGGACAGGACGCUGCGACACUGCUAAAAGAAGACGACGAGCUCUACGGAGACUUUGAGGAUCUAGAAACAGGAGCAGUCCAUACAGCUCAGGAUCAGCAGAGCGGUGAGAAUGAAGAUGAAGAUGGUGAUGAGGAUGAGGAUGGUGAUGAGGAGGGUGCAGAGGGGCUGAUGAAGGUGGACCAGGAGGAGCAGCAGAAGAAGAAGCGCCUGGAGAAGAAGCGGCGGCUAAAGGAGCGCUUUGACGCCGAGUAUGAUGAUGGCGAGGCCACGUACUUCGACGACCUGAAGGAGGAAAUGCAGAAACAGGCCGAGCUGAACAGGGCGGAGUUUGAGGACGUGGACGAUGAGACCCGAGUUCAGUACGAAGGUUUCAGACCGGGGAUGUACGUCAGAGUAGAGAUCUCCUCACUGCCAUGUGAGUUUGUUAUCAACUUUGACCCCCAGUAUCCCAUCAUCCUCGGAGGGCUGGGCUCCAGCGAGGGAAACGUAGGAUACCUGCAGAUGCGUUUGAAGAAACACCGCUGGUACAGCCGGAUCCUGAAGACCAGAGACCCUCUGAUCCUGUCGUUAGGAUGGAGGCGGUUUCAGACCCUCCCUCUUUAUCACAUCGAGGACCACAACGGACGCCACCGCCUGCUCAAAUACACGCCACAGCACAUGCACUGUGGAGCGUCCAUCUGGGGUCCCAUCACUCCUCAGGGUACGGGUUUCCUGGCUGUUCAGUCUGUCGCAGAAACCAAAGCGAAUAACUUCCGUAUUGCAGCCACAGGAGUGAUUCUGGAUUUAGAUAAAUCAGUGACCAUAGUUAAGAAGCUCAAACUGAUUGGUUAUCCAUACAAGAUCUUUAAAAACACCUGCUUCAUCAAGGGCAUGUUUAACUCGGUAUUAGAGGUGGCAAAGUUUGAAGGAGCCUCCGUCCGGACGGUGUCAGGAGUGCGAGGACAGAUAAAGAAAGCUCUGUCUUCACCUACAGGAGCAUACAGAGCCACAUUUGAGGACCGUCUGCUCAUGAGCGACAUUGUGUUCCUGCGGUCCUGGUUCCCGGUCUCGGUCCCUCAGCUCUAUAACCCAGUCUCCUCCCUGCUGCUCGCUGUGGGUCAGAAGGACUGCUGGGCUGGCAUGAGGACGCUUGGACAGCUCAAACACGAGCUCGGCAUCCGCAACAAACCCAACGCCGACUCUCUGUAUAAGCCGGUGGUGCGUGCUCCAAGGCGUUUUAACCCCCUCCACAUCCCCAAAGAGCUGCAGAAGGCCCUCCCCUUUAAGAGCAAACCCAAGCAGCAGCAGGCCAAAGGAAAUGUUCCCCGAGACCUGCAGAGACCCAGCGUGAUCCGAGAACCCCACGAGAGGAAGGUGGCAGCGCUGCUCCACGCUCUGAGCACGGUCCACAACCACAAGAGGAAGAAAGCCCGCGCCGUGCAGCACACCAAACACAAGGAGUUCCUGCAGCAGAAGGAGAAACAGGAGGAGGCCAAGCUGAAGAGGCAGAAGGAGGCACGGAAAAAGCUCUACAGAGUCAUGGGCCAGAUGGACCAGAGGAAACAGAGGUCUAGCCUGAAGGGGGCUCCGCAGGACGACUGAAUGAUGUGGACUCGAAUCUUUGCAGACCAGGCAUGAUGGACAACUGAGGCCCCCUGAUUGAUGUGGAUUCAGAGGGCCCUCGAAUGAUGUGGACUCAGAGGGCCCCAUGAAUGAUGUGGAUUGAGAGGGUCCCCGAAUGAUGUGGUCUCAGAGGGCCCCUGAAUGAUGUGGAUUCAGAGCUCUGCAGACUGAGGAUGAUGGACUGGGGUUUCAUGUCUUUUCUAGGUUAUUUGGUUGUUUUUUCUACAGGUGUGGACGAUGAAAAUCAGCUAUAAAGAAAAUGUUGACUGACAUUUUGAGACUUGUUUUAAUAAAAUAUAAUGAUGAUGCUGA